AUGGAUCAAUUCCCUUACAUUCCCUCCGGAAGAUCACCAAAACGAGAACUCCAAGGUCCUCGUCCUACACCUCUUAGAAUACACAAAGACUCUCGGAAAAUCAACAAACCACCGUUGGCGCCGCCACAGUUACAACAACAGCAGAAACAGCAUCAUCAACCACCGCGUCAACCGAUUAUAAUAUACACCGUCUCCCCUAAGAUCCUUUCAAUCCUUUUCACGGUGACGGAACAAUAUCACCCGCGGCGCGUUAUGCCACGUACUAGUGAUGUAGUAAGCGACAUGGAAGGGAUAGAAUUGAUGAACCAUGGAGUUGAGAGAGGAAACAUGAUGUUUCAAGGGAUUUUGUCUCCGGGACCGGCUUCACUAUCUCCGAUUCCGGCUAACUUUUUCUCGCCACCGUCUUCGGAUCCGAACAUGUUUAGCAACUUACUUCAAGAUUUCAGUCCUGCACUUCUUAGUAGUAGAAAUUUUAUGGAGCCUGGUGCUAAUUUCUUUUUACCUAGUCCUUCUAAUUUUGUUUCACCUCAAACUCCUUCUAUUGAUUUAUUUAACUAUUUCUUAGACUAA